UUUUUAUUUUAAAUGUUUUAAAUAAAAAAAAUAAAAUUCCUAUUAUAUCCCAACACAGUUCGAAUCCCUUAUUCCCUUUAGCUUUAGGGUUAGAAUUCUAACCCUUCCCGAGUUCCCUCCUCAGUCCUCUCAACCCUCACACCCUACAGACCAACCACCUGCUGCGGCCAUCACCUCCGGCAUCCGAUGGCGACACACACCGACGGCGACCGGCGAGCUUGCAGCAGCGAAAAGAGUCACCCUCACCAACACUUGCAGCAGCGUCCAACGGCAAAAAGAUUCACGAACACUUGCAGCGGUGGACGGCGAGCUUGCAGCGGCACUCGGCAUUGGGCAUUGGCAAGCAAGCCCAACGUCAACUUCUUGGAGCAGCACUUCCAGGCUUGCAGCGGCAACUUGCCUGCGACCAAGCCCGACUGCACUGGGAGGAUCCGCAGACAUUUGUAACUGCACUGAAAAAGGUUGAAGCCUGGAUUUUCUCCCAAAUAAUUGAAUCUGUGUGGUGGCAGGUCAAUUCCAAGUGUUUUCCACCUCUCCCCUAAUUUAACGUUUCAGAUUUUUCUAGAUUAAGCAUCCUGAAUUACUGCUAGCUUUCGGACCUGGCUUUCUGUUCGUUUCUCCAGACUCUAACACCAUAUAUGCAGUCUGCCACCGGGAUAGCAAAUGAUAAAGUAAUGGCAUCAAACUCAGGGAGUUUGGGUGACCAAGAACAGGCGAACUUUUCUUUACACCUUUGGAAAGAAGCUUUCAGGGAUGCUCGUGAAAAGCUUUGCCCUGUUCGAGCUGGAGGCCAUGAGUGUGGUUGUUUGCCUGUGCUGGCUAGACUGGUGAUGGAGCAAUGCAUGAAUAGAUUAGAUGUGGCUAUGUUUAACGCUAUUCUUCAUGAAUCAGCUGAUGAGAUUCCAACAGAUCCUGUCUCUGACCCAUUAGUGAUUCCAAAGUUCUUCCUAUCCCAGCUGGAAAAUCAAGCUUUGGUAAUGGUGCACAACUGCAAAAUGCUGUAAGUAAUUCACAUGUUGCACAAGUUCAUGUUCUAUGACUGGACAUUACAUAUUUUUUCUAUGUUCUUUGGAAAUUUUUCUAUAUUUUUUGGAAAUUUUUC